GUACUUUGAGGAUCUCUUCAAGGUCAGACCAGAAUUCGAAGGGACCAGCCACUGUAUCCUUGACCACACAAAAUGUUGUCCAGAGUCGUUCGCGUUAAUUCUGCGGUCGCUCGUCGUCGUCUCGCACAACCAGCAGCCCCAGUCGCCCGUUCGUUCUCCAUCAACGCUACUCAGCGUUCUUCCGUCCCGGCCACCCGGUUAUCGAUUGCUGCCAAUUCUCCUCGUCACAUCUUUGCCAGAACCAUGUCUGUCCACCACGGAGAAUCCACUGUUCGACCAGAUCCUGACCAGGUUUUGGUCGACAUUGCCGACUAUGUCCACAACUACAAAGUCGACUCAGAGCUCGCUUUCGAGACAGCCAGGCUUUGCCUGAUCGACACCAUUGGUUGUGGUCUCGAGGCUUUGCGCUUCCCAGAGUGCACCAAGCUUCUUGGUCCCGUCGUCGAGGGCACCGUCGUCCCCAACGGCACCCGUGUCCCCGGUACCAAUUAUCAACUCGACCCUAUCCGAGGCGCUUUCAACAUUGGAACUGCCAUCCGUUGGCUCGACUUCAACGACUGCUGGUUGGCUGCUGAAUGGGGCCACCCUUCGGACAACCUCGGAGCCAUCCUUGCCGUGGCUGACCACCUCGCCCGUCAAGGCCAGUCCUUGACCGUCCGGGACAUCCUGGAGGCUAUGAUCAAGGCCCACGAAAUCCAGGGUGGCCUCGCUUUGCUCAACUCCUUCAACCGAGUUGGCAUUGAUCACGUCGUUCUCGUCAAGAUCGCUUCGACUGCCGUCGUCUCCAAGCUCCUUGGCCUCAACCGUGACCAGACCAUCGACGCCAUCUCCCAGGCAUGGGUUGAUGGACAGGCCCUCCGAACCUACCGACAUGCUCCCAACACUGUCCCUCGCAAAUCCUGGGCUGCUGGUGAUGCUUGCUCGCGCGCCGUCAACCUCGCCCUCCUCGUCAAGAAGGGUGAGAAGGGUCUCCCCUCUGUCUUGACUGCCAAGACCUGGGGCUUCUACGAUGUUGUCUUCAAGGGCAAGCCCUUCCAAUUCCAACGGCCCUACGGCUCGUACAUCAUGGAGAACGUCCUGUUCAAGAUCUCCUUCCCGGCCGAGUUCCACGCCCAGACCGCUGUCGAGGCCGCCUACAUCAUCCACAACAAGCUCAAGGAAAUGGGCAAGACCUCCGACGACAUCAAGAGCGUCCGCAUCCGCACCCAGGAGGCCGCUAUCCGUAUUAUUGACAAGCAGGGUCCUCUCGACAACUUCGCCGACCGAGACCACGCUAUCAACUACAUGGUCGCCUACCCCUUGAUCUUCGGUGAACUCACCUCUGAGAGCUACACCGACGCUGCCGCUGCCGAUCCCCGUAUCGACGCCCUCCGUGCCAAGAUCUACUGUGUCGAGGAGCCCAAGUUCAGCACUGAGUAUCACGACCCCGAGAAGCGCUCCAUCGGUAACGCCUUGUUGGUCGAGUUGAACGACGGCACUGUCCUCGACGAGGUUGAGAUCGAGUACCCCGUUGGUCACAAGCGCCGACGUGCCGAGGGCACCCCUCUCCUCAUGGCCAAGUUCGAGAGGCACAUUGCUGAGCACUUCGAUGCUGCACAUCAGAAGGAGAUCUUGGACCUUGUCACCAACCCUGAAGAGCUCGCCAAGCUCCCCGUUGACAAGUUCACUGACCUCUUCGUCAAGGCUUAAAUUAGUAUAUAACAGAAUGCCUAAAACACUGUAUCAUCCACAUUCGUGUAGCAAAUAGACCUUUUUUUUUCGUG